CGGCAGAGCGGUGCGUAGAGGCGAGGGGGCGGCGUUUGUUUCCAUUUCGACAAAAAAAAAAAAAAAAUAAAGAAAAAAAUCAACCGUAUAUUUCAUUUAAAAAAAUAAAAAAACACAAAGAAAAUUAAGCAAGCCCUGCUUUCUACUCUCUCGGGCGGCGAAGCGGCCGGCUGGACGGACGCGCAGAGAAGAGAGCGGCGCGAGUGUCAGCACUGCAGACCGAGAUGUCUUUGGGAGGGUCUCCGGUAACUGUUGUGCAACUUCCAGGGGGUCAGAUUCAAGUCCAGAGUGUGAUCCAGACUGCUCAGUCAUCAGUCAUCCAAUCCCCACAGGUUCAAACUGUGCAAGUAUCUUCUUUGUCAGACAGUGAAGACUCUCAGGAGUCUUCAGACAGUGUUGCUUCCUCUCAGAAAUCCAGAGAGAUCCUCACCAGACGUCCCUCCUACAGAAAAAUCCUGAAUGAGCUGUCCUCUGAAGGAAUGGCUGCACGGAAUGAAGGUGAAGAAGAAACUGCCUCCUCUUCAGCCAUCUCCACCAUGACUGUGUCCACUCCAAUCUACCAGACCAGCACUGGGCAAUAUUUUGCUAUCGCACCGAAUGGAGCAAUCCAGCUGGCCACUGCCAGUGGAGACUCGAUCCAGGGUUUGCAGACGCUAACCAUGGCAGGCACUGGCACAACCCCACAAGGAACCACCAUUCUGCAGUAUGCACAGACACCUGACGGACAACAAAUACUUGUGCCCAGUAAUCAAGUGGUGGUACAGACUUCUGCAGGUGACAUGCAGGCCUACCAGAUUCGGAGUAGCACAACAACAUCAUCUCUGCCCCAGACAGUGGUGAUGACGUCUCCUGUCAGCAUUGCAUCCCAGACAACCAAGACAGAUGACCCCCAGAUGAAGAGAGAAAUCAGGCUAGCGAAAAACAGAGAAGCAGCACGCGAAUGUCGCAGGAAGAAGAAGGAAUACGUCAAAUGUCUAGAAAACAGAGUGGCUGUCUUGGAGAACCAGAACAAAACCCUCAUUGUGGAGCUGAAGACUUUAAAAGACCUUUACUGCGUCAAGACGGGGUAAUGCUAUCAUCCUCCACUGCAGACGCUGUCACCAAAAAACAAACACACACAAAAAAAAAUACAAACAAAAAAAAAAGACUUUGGGGUUGGGAUUGUUAAUAUUAUAUUUUUCUUGUUUUUAUUAUUUUUUUUUUUUUCCUUUUGCGAAUUUUUAACAAGUGGUCGAGGGAAGAAGAGACCAACAUUUUUAAAGUGUUUUUACCUUUUUAAAAAAAAACAAAAAAAUGGAAAAAUUAGCGUCAGCACUUUAUUAUGAGGGGCUGUUGCUUUUUUUGAAAACAAAAAAUAUUAAGGACUGUGGCAGAUCUUUUUGAGCCCACGGCUGGACUGUGAAGCUGGCGUGAGGUGUGUGAGGUUUGCUUGGCUGGCUGCUGUGCACCUUAUCACGUAGGACCAGCUCAGUAGGAAACGACGGCUCUGUACUUUUUUAAUUGAUAGCUUGUGAAAACUUGACUGCUGCCAUCAGCAACUGUAUAGUGCAAUGCAUUGGUCCUUUGCAAAUCAGAAAUCGGUAUUGGCUGUUUGGGGGUGGUCUACAAAAAAAAAAAAAAGAUGUGACUUUUUAACCAAAAAAGUGAAAGUCACAGCAAUUCUUUAGCUGACAUUUUUAUCUUGCUUUGAUUUGAAUAAACCAGUAGACAUUGGCUUCAGUCUUCUCAAGGUCCAUACAUUUUUUUUUUUUGGUCCAUGACGCUGUCAGUUGUUGCUGCCUAAUGCGACAGAUGUGAUGAAUUCAAAUGCCCAAUUUUUGUUGAGGUUUGAAAAGAAACAUUUGUCUUUUCUAAUUUGUUUUCCUUUUAUUGGAUGCUGGGGUCUGGGACAGAACAGGAGCCAAGUGCUGCCCCUGUAUGCUGAAAGUCCAGUGUUGGGACCUCACUUCAACUAAGGGAAGUCGCACUCGUACUCCUUUGAGUUGCUAGCAAGGUGGAAAGCACCCAUUGGGCCCACGUAAGCCUCUUCCAUAAAUCGGAGGCACAAGACGCACCUGUCCAGGAUUGACAUGAGAGAGAAAGUACAGCAAAACGCUAAAUUCAAGUUGCUAUUCGUGGUGGUAGUCGUCUCCAGCUGGGUUCUUUCCUCUUGCUAGAUGAACCGUUUUCAUGUCUACAUUUGUAAAUGCUCAGUUUUAGUAUUUUGUGUCUGUUUUUAUUUUACUGCUAAUACACAGUGAGUAAAAAUAA